AUGUGGUCUUUACAAUCUUUAAAAGAUUAUUUUACACGGCGUAAUUUCGAUUUUGAAGAUCCAUCCAUAGACCUUUAUAAAUUUCAUCCGCAACUGAAGUUUUUUUUCGCUAUUAAUGGAAUUUUCUUUAACAACGCAGAUUCUAAACUUAGAUUUAUAUGGCCGUUCAUAUAUAAUUCUCUCACAAUAAUGGCACUGACAUUUGAAAUUAUAUUUAUGAAACAUGGUAUAACAAUAAAGGACUACGCGUUCGCUACUGAAUGCCUUUGUUAUUUCAUCAUAAUAAGUUCAAUACCGAUCGUAAACAUUAGUGUAUUGCUUAACAAAGCAAAAGUAAUGAAGCUUUUGGAAUGUUUGGACAAAGAUUUUAUAUACGUGCGGUCUUUGGAAUCAAGAUAUAAAUCUCCCUUUCUCCAAGGUCAGUUAUUGAUUUGGCAACUGUGUUAUGCGUGGUUCAUAUUCACUAUCUCGGUGGCGAGCUUGUUCGUGGUGACGUGCUUGCUCGCGCUCAUGUACCAGAGCUUGUUCGUGACACAGGACGAGCACACGGUACGCCCACUGCCCUUUCCCAUGUGGCUCCCAAACGAUGACCCGUACAGGACACCGAACUAUGAAAUAUUCUUGAUACUAGAAAUUAUAGUUUGUUUUAAUUUUAUACAAACUUUUUGUGUGUUCGUUUAUAUAAUGUUUCAUACAUUGCUACAUUACUAUUAUGUGAUGGAUAUGAUAUUCUUGGACUUUGAGGUUAUCUUUAAAGAUGUAGACGAGACAGUGGUGAAGCUGUCGCGUCAUCAUCCGCGACGAAUCACAGUGCAAAUGGAGCUUAAUCGACGGAUGAAGAGAAUCGUCAAUUGGCAUUUAUCUGUUUUUAGAUCUGUGGAGUUCAUUUCAUCAGUAUAUGGACCGCCGUUAGUAUUCCAAGUGUCGGUUAGCUCUAUCGCCAUUUGUUUAAUGGCGUACCAAAUCGCAGAUUAUCUGGACCAGGGCAAAAUUCAUUUUUUAUUUAUAUUACUAUGCCUCGCCGCCUGUAUCCAGCUUUGGAUACCUUGCUUUUUGGGAACUUUGUUAAGGAAUCAGGCAUUUGCAGUAGGAGAAGCUUGCUGGCGCUGCGGUUGGCAGGAGACCCCGUUGGGACAGUUGUUACGUUCCGACUUCAUUAUAUUAAUCUUGAGAGCGCAACAACCUGUUACUAUAAAAUUUACGGGGCUGCCUAAAUUAGAACUGGAAACAUUUUCAUCGAUAAUGAGCUCGUCAUAUUCUUAUUACAAUUUGUUGAGACAGUAUGACUCUACUUAA